AUGUCAGCAGAGUCCAUUGCCAAGGCAGCUAAUCUUGCCUUCUCCUCACUCAAGACCCUCAGCAACACCCAAAGAUCAACAGCAUUACAAAAGAUCCAUGAUGCUCUUGCCGCACAUAAGGAUCAAGUGUUAGAAGCUAAUAAAUUAGAUAUGGAUGCAGCAAUUGAACACAAGUUCUCUAGCUCGCUUAUUAAAAGAUUAGACUUGUCACUGCCAGGUAAAUAUGAUGGUAUGUUGCAAGGUAUUCUUGAUGUUGCAAACUUAGAAGAUCCGGUGGGUAAAAUCACCUUGGCCAAGAAAAUAGAUGAGGGCUUAAACUUGUAUAGAGUUACUGCACCAAUUGGUGUCUUGUUAAUCAUCUUUGAAUCCCGUCCUGAAGUUAUUGCUAAUAUUACUGCUUUGGCUAUCAAGUCUGGUAAUUCUGCUAUUUUGAAAGGUGGUAAGGAAUCUUAUCAAACUUUCAAAAUCAUGAGUGAUAUUGUUAAUGAAACUUUGGCUAAAGAUACUGACGUUCCUAAGGAUGCCAUUCAAUUGAUUCAAAGUAGGGAAGACGUUGCUGACUUAUUGAGUCAAGAUAAGUAUAUCGAUUUGGUUAUUCCAAGAGGAUCUAACGCAUUAGUUAGAAACAUCAAAUCAAACACCAAGAUCCCAGUCUUGGGACAUGCUGAUGGUAUCUGCUCAAUUUACGUUGAUGAAAACUUUGACAUAGUGAAAGCCAAGAGAAUUGUGGUUGAUGCAAAGACUAACUACCCAGCUGGAUGUAAUGCCGUUGAACAAUUGUUAUUUAAUAAGAAUAUUCCAGUUGAACAAAUUAAUGAAAUUUUGCAAACUUUGAUUGCUGCAAAAGUAACUAUUCAUGUUACUGAACAAGUAAAGCAAAUCUUAACCAUUGGCGAAUCUGAAUAUAUUAAAGAUGCCGAGGAAGACGCUUUCGACAAGGAAUGGCUUUCUCUUGACAUUUCAGUUGACCUAAUUGACAAUGUUAGUGCCGCAAUCGCCCACAUAAAUUUGCAUUCUUCUAAACAUACUGAUUGUAUUAUUACUGAAGAUAAAGCCAAGGCAAAUUUGUUCUUACAUGGAGUUGACUCUGCUGGUAUCUACUGGAAUGCAUCUACAAGAUUUGCCGAUGGGUUCAGAUAUGGUUUCGGAACUGAAGUAGGUAUAAGUACCAAUAAGAUCCAUGCUAGAGGUCCAGUUGGGUUAGAAGGUUUAAUGAGUUAUCAAUAUCAUUUGAAGGGUGAUGGACAUAUUGCUAGUGAAUAUGUCGGUGCUGGAGGUAGAAAGCAUUUUAUUCAUGAAGAUAUUAAACUUUAG